AUGGCGGGGACCGCUACCGCGACAUACUCGACAGAUGCAUGGACGUCACCCAGUGUAGACGGGGGUCAAUGGGAAUUUUCGGUUCCAAUCCGACAAGAUAGCACUAAUCAUCGCUCUAAAUCACGCUCGUCCCAUGAUUCACGCUCCAGAGGGCAUCGGCCCCAAGGCUCUCGCGGCUCCUCCCUGUCACGACACGUCCAGGCUCACGAUCAGUUCAAUCCGCGCGGUCGCCGAGACGCCAGCCAUAGUCGACGUGAAAGUGAAGAAUUCAACUCGCAGCAUCACUAUAGACACGAACCCGUAGACCGCAGCACUAGUAAUGCGAACGCUUCGACUGAGAUUCCACGCCAGGAUGGGACAAUAAAAGCAGGCGAGGGGAUCGGAGUGUACCUCGGAGAGCUGGAUAACGAGAAAUGGAUUCACCGAGAUAAACUGGCCAAGAUCGAAAGCGAAGAGUUACAGCAGUUGUUUCAGCGACGGGUUGCCGCAGACGGGACCCGGAGUGGCCGUGGAAGGCCCCAUGAGUCUCACGAGGUCAACGGACGCUCCUUUUCUCCGCACUCGCCAAACGAGCAGACGGAACCGUGGCCCAGUCUACAUGAUGGGUCACCGCGUGACUCCUACGACUCCAAACCCUUCUCCGAUGCCGAUGACCUUCACGACACUACACAGGGCGAUCAAAAAUUGUGGGACCUUCGACGGGCGGACGAGAUUGCUGCAGACAAGACGAAGGACAAAGCCGCAUCGAGCUUCUACCAUAACCCUAACUUGCGAAAGAGCUCGUCUCGGAUCCCAAUUCCAACCGCCAGCCCGCGCACCCGAGCCCUCACCAAUGGUGAAGAUGAGGCGCUGUCGUUCGGGAUGCCGCGUCGAGCUAGUGAGCCACUGACGGUGGACGCGGCAAACGGCACACCUUCGAAUGGCAGCAGACCUGGUAGCCGUGGGUUUCCAUCGCAAACUACGGCGGCCAAGAAAACACCAGCAAAGGCUGGGCCUACCAGCCGCAAGACCUCUGCUCCUCCCGCGACCAGAAAGGCGACUCCCAGAGCUCGUCUCCCGUCCAGCACGCAGCGGCCUGGAGCCAGAGGAGACGGUCGGGGCCCUCCUAAUCCCAUCAAUCGCCCGGAAGGAGAUCCUCCAUGGCUGGCUACCAUGUACAAACCGGAUCCGCGUCUUCCUCCCGACCAGCAGAUUCUGCCCACGCACGCGCGGCGCAUGCAGCAGGAACAGUGGGCCAAGGAGGGCAAGACACCCACGAUGUACGACCGCGAAUUUGCUCCGCUUGCCAUCGGACCGGAUGGACCAUUCAAAGUGGAAAACCCCAGGAAUGAGGCCCCGGAGCCGGAGAAGCCCCAAAUGGAGGAGAAGACCAAGGAAGAAGCGCAGCCUACACCACAGCAAACGCCCGAAGAGCAACUCCCGUCCAAGGAAGGUGAAGCCGACGCGCGGCCCGUCACAGGCAGUGGGUAUAGCACUAUGCCCCGAGUGCAGGAACCCAUGCCAGCACCACUGACACCCAAAUGGAGCCCGCCGGUGGUGACGGCGCAAGAGCCACCGCCGAAGGAGAAGGGCUGUGGAUGCUGCAUCGUCAUGUGA